UCAAGUGACUAAGUUGCGUGUCGCUGUGCUUCUCACGUGAUCGCUAAGCGUUGCGGGUGAUGAGGUAGAAUUAAGCAAUACGUGUAUAAUCGCAGUUUGUACUGUUAAAUAACUAGUUUCAAUAUACAAGACCACAUAUAUAAAUGCCACAACGGUACAACCAUAUGACAAUGUCGACAUCGUGCAAUGUCAAUAAACAACGGGACAUGAAGCAUAACGCAGAGAUAUAUUCGAAAAUUAAUGAUUUUCAGCUGGAGUUUGGUGAAAACCUUGCUACGACAACUGGAAUUAAACCCGGAGACAAAGUCCUAGACAUGGGAUGUGGAACUGGUGAACUGACUUCAUUUCUUGCGGAGAGAGUUGGCAAAGAAGGUCAAGUAGUUGGUGUGGAUCCAGACGUCGAGAGAAUUAGUGUUGCCAUUCAAAAACAUUCCGGUACUCAUGAAAAUCUUAUAUUCAAAAAUGGCGACUGUUCAAGUCAAUUCCCACAUUACAAUGAACAAUAUUACGACAUAUAUUUCAGUAAUUUUGUUUUUCAAUGGCUCAGCGCUGAAGAAAAGAAGACUUUUGCCCAAUCUGCGUUCAAAUGUCUGAAACCUGGGGGCAAGAUUGCAAUUCAAAGCGCUGACUGCGACUCUCGUGUAAUUGAGCAAGCAAAAAAUCUAAUCACACCAGAUAAAUUGUUUUCUCAAACUAUGAAUGACAAAACUAAGAAAGAUCCGAUCCAGCAUUUUGUGAAGAAGUCAGUGACUGAAACUCUGCUUCAAAAUUCAGGUUUUCGUAUUGUUUCCAGUGAUUAUAAUAAACGUUCAUACAUAUUUUCCAGCGCAAAUGAAUUCCUAGCUAAUGUCCUUGCUUCAGACUAUUAUAUCUACGAUGAAACAAAAAUAUCUGCUAGCAAGAUGAACGAAUUUAGAAACAAAUUUGCCAACGAUGACGGAACAGUAUCAUAUUUUCAUCCUUCAAUUUAUGAAAUCGUUGGUGUAAAGACUAGAUAGAUAGAAAUGCCUGCGGAGGAGGCUACGCUAAGUUGAUCCUCAUGAGAAGAAAUCACAGUAAAUAUUUACAUAAAUAGUUAUUUACAAGUCAAGGGCAUGCAAGCUGGUGCGUUGACAAUGAUGUAUGUGAUCUCAUCACUGAAUCCUAUUUUACAGUUAACAACAUUCAAGGAAAACGAGAAACAAUUCUACCAGCUCGCAAAGCUUUUUAUUUCAUGGGGUUAAGAUCUUUAUACAAUGAUUUACCACUAGAAUUGCGAAAGGUCGAGACUAUCAGGUUUUUGAUAAGGUUAUUGAGUAAACAAUGCCUAAUGGUUUAUUUUUUAUUAUUAAUUUACAUAUAUACAGACAUUGAUUUUAGUAUUUAAAUCGAGUAUAUCAGGACACCCGUUGAUAACAGCUUUUAGUUGAAGUGUUUGACCCCUGUAACUCCUGUAUAAAUAUUCGUCUAUAAUAAUACUAUUAUACAAAUAAGAGAUAUAUAUGCAGUAUAGUAAUAAAAAGUACAAAUAGAUAGUAGGCAUAGUAGAAUGGUUAUUCACACGUAGUAGAACAAAUAGUCUUAGGAGAUAUGAGCAGCAAUUCUCUUUUGAAAGCUUGACAGGGAUUGGCUCUCCCUGAUUGGAAUAGAGUUCCAUAGUUUAGCAUUACCAGACAAAGACAAGCCGUAUUUCGAAAACCAUAAUCUGUUCUCUUUUUUGUAAUGAACAAGGUUUGAAAGAGAUUCAGGGCUCAUUUUAUUUAGAGUUUUGUACAUCAUUUUUGCUUUUGCCUUUUUCCUCAUACGAAGUGGCUCCCAGCCCAAGGCACGCAAAGCAAUAGAUUUAUCAUAAUUUUAAUUGCUCAUAUUUGAAUGAAUUCGAGCAGCUCUGUUUUGGAGCUUUUGUAAUCCCAAACUUCAGAGCCAU